GAAAAUGAGUGGAAAUCGUGGGAUGCAAAUGCUCAUCCCUCUUGUAAAUAAGUUACAAGAUGCGUUCUCUUCUCUGAGUGUGCCGUUAAAUUUGGAUCUUCCACAAAUUGCAGUUGUUGGCUCUCAGAGUGCUGGCAAAAGUUCUGUGUUGGAAAAUUUUGUUGGAAGAGAUUUUCUUCCUCGUGGUUCUGGUAUCGUUACAAGACGCCCACUUAUUCUGCAACUCAUUAAUAGCAACACAGAGUACGCUGAGUUUCUACAUUUAAAGAACAAGCGCUUUACUAAUUUCGAGGAUGUUCGAAAGGAGAUUGAAGCAGAAACAGAUCGUGUAACUGGAAAAAACAAAGGCAUCUCCAACAUUCCUAUAAAUCUUCGCAUCUAUUCGCCUCAAGUUCUUAAUCUCACCUUAAUUGAUUUGCCUGGUCUAACGAAAGUUCCGGUUGGGGAUCAGCCUCAGGACAUCGAGCACCAGAUCCGAUCCAUGGUUCUUGAGUUUAUAGAGCCAGAAAACACACUAAUCCUGGCUGUUUCACCUGCUAAUACAGAUCUAGCUAAUUCUGAUGCAUUAAAAAUCGCCAAGGAAGUUGAUCCAACUGGUAUCCGUACGAUUGGUGUUAUUACAAAGUUGGAUCUGAUGGAUGCGGGAACGGAUGCUCGCGAUAUCUUGGAAAAUAAGGUUCUACCAUUGCGCCGAGGCUAUGUGGGCAUCGUGAAUCGAAGUCAAAAGGAUAUCGAUGGUCGAAAAGAUAUCCAGGCCGCUGUAGCAAGCGAACGGAAAUUCUUCCUUGGGCAUCCUGCUUAUCGACACAUGGCGGAUAGAAUGGGAACGGCUUAUCUUCAGGCUACUCUAAACCAGCAGUUGACAAAUCAUAUUCGCGACACUCUUCCAACUCUGCGCAAUCGUCUCCAGUCACAAAUGCUUAGCUUGGAAAAGGACGUGGAAGCUUUCAAAAGCCUCCGAUCGGAUGAUCCGUCCUACAAAACCAAGGCUCUAAUUCAUUUGGUAAACAGUUUUUCGGAGCAAUUUGUCAACACCAUUGAUGGUCAUUCUGGGGCUAUCAGUGUUGAUUCUCUCUCGGGCGGAGCUGAAAUCAAUCGCAUCUUCCAUGAACGCUUCCCUUUGGAUUUGAUAGAGAUACAAAUUGACGAAAAGGCUCUUCGGCGCGAGAUUGCCUACGCCAUUCGCAACGUCCAGGGCAUUCGCGGUGGUCUCUUCACACCAGACCAGGCCUUUGAUGUGAUCGUGCGAGACCGCAUCGGUCGUCUCUUGGCGCCCUCGCUAUCCUGCGUUGAUAGGGUGGUGACUAAACUUUCCGCCAUUGUUCACACCUGUCUUGGCCAGAUGAACAGCUAUCCGCUUCUCGCUGACGAAGUGGAGAGGACCAUUAACCAACGAAUUCGGGAGUCAGAGGUGAAAACCAAGGAUCAACUGCGAGCUCUCACGGACUACCAACUCGCCUACAUGAACACUAACCACGAAGACUUUAUAGGCUUUAACAACGCGGAUCCACAGAGUGCGAAUCAAGCAGCAAAGCAGAAAGUUGGCAACCAAAUCAUCUGCAAAGGUUGGCUGACACUUUUGAAUGGCAAGCUACUUCGAGGAGGUAGCAAGUACUUUUGGUUUGUUCUAUCCACCGAGUCUCUCACUUGGUACAGGGAUGAUGAAGAACGCGAAAAGAAGUUUGUCUUGCCGCUGGAGGGUCUGAAGCAGCGAGCUGGUGAUACCUCCUUCUUCUCUCGGCGACCGAACUUCAGCCUAUUCCACUCUGACCCUAAAGUGAACGUCUAUAAGGAGUUCAAAACGCUUGAUCUGGCCGCGGACACUGUGGAUGCCCGCGACAACUGGAAAGGGGCUCUGCUUCGAGCGGGUGUUUUUCCUGAGAAGUCGGAACAAAAUCUCGAGGAUGAGAAGGAUGACGAUUUGAACCAGGAUAGCAAUCCGGUUCUCAAGCGCCAGGUUGAAACCAUCCGAAAUUUGGUUCAGUCAUACAUGAAGAUUGUCACCAAGACCCAACUUGAUUUGGUACCAAAGAUUACGAUGUUCCUCCUCAUCGAUGAUGUCAAGAAAUUCCUGAAGUCCGAUCUACUUCCAACUCUCUAUGCUCUGGAUACGAAUCGUUUGAUGGAAGAAUCUCAGGAGGAGAAGCGACGAAAACAGGAUAUGGUGACGAUGUACAACACAAUGAAGGAGGCUCUAAAUAUCAUUGCCGAUGUGACCACUCACACUGUCACCACGCCUGUACCACCUCCAAUCACGGAUGACUGGCGUGAAUCAGUAAACGACUCUUAUUCCAAACAAAUAAAUCUGAAACAAAGGCGAGAAAGUGGAGGUAACGGGGGCUCUCCACGAUCAGGUUCGGGGCCCUCCCGGCCUUCAGUUGGGCCGCAGCGUGGUAGUCCCCUGCUGCCCUCCAUGGGAAGCGGGGGAGGAGGGGGCUAUAUGCAACCACAGCCUCGCAAUGCACCCGUUCCGCCCUCCUCACGACCAUCCAACUCCUCUGGAUCUAAUCCUCAGGCGCCGGUUGUGCCUGCUCGCUCAGCUCCCCUAAUUCCACAGCCCAUCUCGUCGAUACACUCAAGUAAUUCGGCUGGUGACCUCUAUGCCGGCCCCAUCGCUAACAGUAAGGUUCCCCCAUUUGCCACCACUACCUCCACCUCCUCCUCCUCCUCUUGGCACAGCAACAAUCCAGGCCUCAAGGCAUUCGAUCCCAUCUCCUCAUCUUCGGGCUGUUCUACAACACCGACUGGUCACAACAACAAUGGGACGUCUGCCAAUACCGGUGGCUUCUCUGCACGAACUCUUGCCUCCAUAUUCGAAGCGACGCAUCCCCACCGUUUUACCAAUAUGCCCCCGUCCAGUGUUUGCAUGGAUGAUGGCGCUCUCUGA